AUGCGGCGUGGCCUGGCGACACCGCCCUCAGCAGGUCCGAAUGACUACCGCUCUCGUCUCCGCAAGCUGAAUGAUCGUCUUCCGCCGUUUUUACGCUCAUAUACAACCCCGUUACUGGGGGCCCCCGCCACACAUAUUACAUCCUUUCUGAUACUACAUGAGAUUACAGCCAUUGUUCCUUUGCUCGGACUGGUCGCUUCGUUCCAUUACGGCGAUUGGCUGCCGGAUUUCACCUCAAAAAGCGGCUUUGACGAAGGAGUUCAGCGAUUCGGUCGCUGGUUGCGAAAGAAAGGUUGGGUGGAGGAUGCCGACGUGGAUAUUGUGAAGGCCGAUGGGUCUGUUUCCGGCGAGGACUCUACUACUGAAUCGCCCGGUCAAUCUCAAUUGAGACCGAAAGACAGAAAAGGCGUUCGUCUUGUGCUUGAAUUCGCGACUGCCUAUGCAAUCACGAAAGCUCUACUGCCCGUACGGAUAGUCGCUAGUGUAUGGGCAACGCCAUGGUUUGCGAGAUCUGUCCUCGCUCCGGUAGGCAGGGGCGUCGGGGCUCUUUUUGGGAAAAAGUAG